AUCUGUGUGGAAACAAGGAUUGUGGGACCGAUGCUAUGUGUGUAAUUACUAAUGGCACUUCUGAGUGCCAGUGCUCGGAUGGUUUUAUCUUCAGCGAGUUUGAUAAGACAUGCGUGUAUGUGUGUGAGAACAAGGAUUGUGGGACCGCUGCUAAGUGUGUUGUUGUGGCUAGUAAUGGGACUACUGAGUGCCAGUGCUUGGAUGGUACUACCUUCAGCGAUUCUGACAAGACAUGCGUGGAUCUGUGUGCCAACAAGGAUUGUGGGACCACUGCUAAUGCUAAGUGUGUUGUGGCUAAUGGUUCUGCUGAGUGCCAGUGCUGGAAUGGUUUUAUCUUCCGUGAAUCUGACAAGACAUGCGAUGGUGGCCCGUAUGGUACAAAGGAUUGCGGCGAGGGUAUUUGCAGUGUGGGGAAAAAUGGCACUGCCGAGUGCCGAUGCCUUGGUGGCUUGAUCUUCGACCAGAUUAACAAGACGUGCUACGACCCGUGUGCUAGAAAGGACUGCGGCGAUGGUGUCUGCAGUGUGGGGCUAAAUGGCACUGCCGAGUGCGGAUGCCUUGAUAGUGGCUUGAUCUUCGACCAGAUUGACAAGACGUGCUACGGCCCCUUCCUCCGGACGACGGUGCAGCUGCAGGUGAAGGACCUACUAGGCUACGUGGAGAACCUAGACUUUGAGACGUCGGUGCCAGCAGAGCGAGCCAGCGGCACCACCACGUGCAGCGACCUGAGCUUCAGCUUCAACUACGGUGGCGACACCAUGAUUACCGUCGCGUGGGACGACUCCAGCGUUGCUGCGGCUGGCAUCGGCAUGUGCAAGAGCGUGAUGUUCCACGACGACCCGGGCUGUGCGGACAAGCCGGGGCUGACGAUCGUGCGGCCUGCGAUGGUUGGCCGUUUCUACCCCGUCACGGAAAGAACUGUCAAAGCAACGGAUCUGCCGAAAUCAGUUGGUUGCGAGAUCACCACAUGUCACAAGGAUUGCGGAACUGCUGAGUGUGUUGUGAAGGAGGGCAAGCCCCAGUGCAAGUGCCCCUGGGGCUUCGCGUUCAUUGAAGCUGAGAGAACCUGCAUUAACAAGUCUUUCACUCCUGAAUCAGACCCUUGCAAGGCAGGCAUGGUGAAGUGCGACAAGAACUCGAAAUGCGUUGUGAAGAACGGGCAGGGGAUGUGCGAGUGUGACGCCGGCUACACCAAGAAGAACGGCCUCUGCACUGCCAUAUGCAACCCAGCCUGCCCUGUUAAUGCCCAGUGCACGGUGGUGGGAGGGAAUCUGGUGUGUCGGUGCAAGCAAGGUUUCAAAAUGGAGAAGAGCAAGUGCAUAC